UGCUGUCUAUAUCUGGUGACUCUUUCUCUCUUUUCGUUGUGCUUCACUUCAAGCAAAUAGAAACCGUCGGCAUUUACGGGCUAUCGUGUGAAAUCGUUGUUGACUACUUCGACGGCAUGUGAAAGUAAAGGGGCGAGAGCAUGCUGCCUUAGUGAAUGUAAACAACAAAUAUUGAGGGAGCAUAACAUUGCAUUCUUACAUUAUUUGCUCUAAGAGAAAUGUGUGUGUGAGAGCCUAUUGCAUGCGGAGGAGAUUUUGUAUUGCAGUUGGCUGUGUUGUUGUUGUUUUGCUUUUUGUUUAGAUGCGCUAAUACAGACAUCCUUGCAUCGCAUUGUAACAUCGCCAACUCACGCCUACUCUUGCGCGAGACCUGCAUCCCCAGAGAUAACGAGGGCCGGACAGACAAAACAACGGAUGUUGGUGAUGAUGAUGACGACGAUGACGAUCAUUAUCAACGACUGCAGUUGAACUGCAGCUGUUAUUGUUUGUAUUGGUCUUCGCUGCUGCUGCCGUUGCUGCUAAUGUUGCCGCUAUCAUUGUCGUUUGUUGUUGGGGUGAUUGUUUGCCGUGUUGUUUUCGAUGCCAUUAAACUUCUUUAUCUGCUGGAUAAAGCUGUAAAUAUCCGCGAGAUUUACUACACGACGCGUGUCAUUUCGUAAGCCCAAAAAUUGCCAAUUGCAAACAGCAUAACUCUCGAAGCACCAACACGACUGUCUACUCGACAAACAAGACCCGGGGUGAAAUACCGGCGCGCCAUCACACCAACCAUUCACAUACCAUACUUUUGCCGCAUCCUUUGUUUUGUGUAUAGUUUUGGACAAUUUCCUGUCUGUUUGACCAUUGUCAUCUUUGCCGCUGCCGUCGCCAUGUUGGUUCCACCCGAUAUGAUGGCCGCUCAGACGCGUAUGAUCUAUCAAAUGAAUCGCUAUUGUGCUGAACGUGUACAGGCCCGCAUGUUUAAGACAGCCACCGCCAUACGAGAAAUAUGCAAAAUUGUUCAGGAUAUUCUCAAGGAGGUGGAAUUACAGGAACCGCGUUUUAUUUCAAGUUUGGUGGAAUGCAAUGGAAGAUUUGAAGGCGUUGAAGUCAUAUCGCCCAAUGAAUUCGAAAUCGUGCUAUAUCUCAAUCAAAUGGGCGUCUUCAAUUUUGUCGAUGAUGGUACACUACCCGGUUGUGCAGUGCUUAAGCUCAGCGAUGGUCGCAAACGUUCCAUGUCACUGUGGGUAGAAUUCAUUACAGCCUCUGGAUAUCUAUCAUCCCGAAAAAUACGCGCUCGUUUCCAGACACUGGUGGCCCAGGCUUGUGACAAAAGUAUUUAUCGGGAUAUGGUCAAAAUGAUUGGCGAUACCACAGAGGUCAAGCUAAGGAUACGUGAACGUUUUGUAGUGCAAAUAACUCCGGCCUUUAAGUGUUCGGGCAUUUGGCCAAGAUCGGCAGCACAUUGGCCAUUGCCACACUUACCCUGGCCUCAUCCCAGCAUUGUGGCUGAGGUAAAGACAGAAGGAUUCGAUUUGCUUUCGAAGGAGAGUGUCAUAUUUCAAAAUAAGAACAACAAUGCAGCAAGCAUGGAAGGUGAUGCAUGGGUGUUGAGUUUUUUUGAGGCUGAAAAUCGUCUACUGCAAGGUGGCUGUCGUCGUCGUUGCCUAAGCAUCCUGAAGACACUGCGCGAUCGCCAUCUAGAAUUGCCUGGUAAUCCUAUAACCGCCUAUCAUUUGAAAACCCUGCUGUUGUACGAAUGUGAAAAACAUCCGCGUGAUUUUGAAUGGGAUGAGCCGUGUAUUGCGGAUCGCAUCAAUGGCAUAUUUCUGCAAUUAAUAUCCUGUCUGCAAUAUCGUCGAUGUCCUCACUACUUUCUACCGACUUUGGAUUUGUUCAAGGGUAAAUCGCCCAGUGCUUUGGAACAAGCCGCCAAACAAGUAUGGCGUCUUACAAGGGAAAUGCUAACAAAUGCCAGUGCAUUUGAGAAAUUGUAAAAAGGAAAAAAAAACGGCAAGGGAUUACUGAAGAGAAGGAGAGUCAUUAUGGCCCGCAAUUCAAGUGAGAAUAAUUAAAAAAAAAAAGAAUGAAAUAAAGAAGUCUGCAGCUCAAAGCAUUAUAUAAGCCAAGCCAUGUUGUAUAGAAGAUGUUGAACACUACAACAUCAUGAUAAUGAGAACACAUUAGUUAUUGUUUUUUAUUUACUUUUUUGUAUCUUAGGCCAUUGAAUAAUAUUUUUUUUUUUUUCACAAAAAUCGAAGAUUUUUAACUUCAAGGCCAUAUAAAAUAUUAUCGUAACUGUAACAAAAAAUAAAAACUCUUUGUAUUUUUUAGCUAAGCCAAACUAAAACAAUACCCUCUUUGCAAAAAAAUGAACAGUAUCACCGCCACAUAUUUUUUAUCCCUAAUCUAGAGAUCAUAGAUAAGCACAAGAGUAUCUUAACCAUGAUCAUCACAUGUGAACACCGAAGCAUUCAUACAACAACUAAACUCACUUCCAUCCAUCUACAUUCAUAGAUUAAGUAUUGAGUCUUACUGGGAUUUGGUCCUUGGCAAUGUGAGCAUUGUUGGGAUUAUCCCCUGGGUAAAGAUUAUCAUCAACUAACCAAACCCCCUCCAUUGUACUCCUGAGUACUCACAAUAAUUUUCAGUUUAUUUUUAACACAUGAUUAUCUAUGUUCAUUUCACUCAUUCAUAGUUGAAAAAUGUAACAACCCUCAUUACACUCGAGAACAAAAGUUUAUAUAUACAUAAAAAAAAUAGUUCACUGCAUGUUUUCAUAUAAUAUAGAAUUAUUUCACUAAUCUCUCUUUCCUCAUCGCUCAUUAAAAAUAUGAAAUAAAACCAGCACACAUAAAGUAUACGAUUUAAAAAUAUUAUUUUAUUAAAAUUUAUUGAUAACUAUUCGAAAACUGUAGAAACGGAAAAUCACAUUGGAAGUCCAUAUUCUGUUUGAAAAACAACAAUAAGAACUUCCUGUGUGUUCUUUGAAUAAGAAUUCAACUUGACUUAAUGUUGAAUUCAAUUCUAGACUUUGAUUACCAGGAUUGGGAAGUUGAUUACUCUUCUUUAAUUUUUCUUAUUAUAUAAAAAAAAGUCAAGAUAUCGAUGUGCAAUUUUAUAAAUAUUUUAGAAUAUUGUAAAAAAGAACAACAAAUCAUAAAGAAAUUGUUAAUUAAAACUUUACUUAAAUGCUUAGCAAUUAAGGUAUACAACACCACUCUUA